AUGGUGAAAGUCCCCAGCCGUAGCUGCAGUAAAGGCAGCACAACCAGGAGCUUCGGUAGCACCAGCAGCACGGCCAGCGACUCGCCUCGCAGACGCUAUCAGUCCAGCACCUUUUGGGACAAGUGGUAUCAGAACAAUGGCGACUCGGCCCUUGAGUGGUCCGGCUCUGUGAACAAUACCGUUCUUAAUGCCAUCACCGAGGUUCUCUCGGGCAUCCCAAAGCAGGAGCCUUUGAAGAUCUGUGAGCUGGGCUGCGGUUGCUCCAAGCUGGCGCCGAUGCUUCAGGAAAGCGGGGUCGAAGUUGUUGGCGUCGACUUCUCGCAAGAGGUGAUCAACGCCAACAAGGCCCGGCAUCCGCACAUCCGAUGGGUGUGUGCUGACGCCUUGAGCUUGGCAAGUCACUUUGAUGCUGGCUACUUCGACGCCAUUGUCGGCAAGACUCUUAUUGACUGCUUCCUCACAAGGACGGAUGCAAAUGGCUCCAUCCGCCAAUUGAUGGAACAAUGCCACACCGUUCUGAAAGAUCACGGCUUCAUGAUGCUCCUGGACAAGGCGGGAGCGGAGACCAUCAUUGGGCGUGGGAAGGCCCAGCAGCUGACGGUUGACAAGCACAAGACGAUGACCUUCCGGGUGCUGCAGGCUCAUCCCAGGUGCGAUCACACGGAGUCUAGACAGAGGCAGUGGGAGUUGGAGAUCGAGCCAACGCUGCACAAACACUUUGUGGUGCGGCCUGCGGCUGCGGGCAGUGGCUCGCUCCAGGUGUGGUCUACCGACAACGUGGCUGUUGCUGCAGGCAUUGAGACGGGGGACCUGGUGGUAGGCUACCGCAAACGCGGCAGCAAGAACGUGACCGUGGGCAACGCCAAUGAGACAGCCCUGGCGAUCCGAUCGUCCACCAAGCGAGUGACGCUGCUUAUGGAGCGCCCAGCGGCGGGCGCUGCGCGGCGGAAGACGGCCUCGUUGAAGACGAGGCUCCAAUCGCGGCAGUCCACCUCGCAGCAAGGGCCCAAGCCGAGGAUCGCAUAUCAGUCGCUUACGACCGUCAUUGUGGGCCUCACUCUCUCGGAUUUGGCGGGCCGCAUGGGCCUGACUAGCGGCCUGCAGCUGGACAACCUCUUCCUGGGCCGCGGGCUGGGUGCCGUGUUUGGCACCAUGCUUGGUGGCUGGCUUUGCGACAUGUGCCCGAUCAAAGUGGCUAUGAGCUGCUGCAUUUUCUGCUCUUGCCUGUCGGUGGCGGCAGUGCCAUUUGCAGCAGCCACAGGCAGCCAUUUGAUUUUGUCCUUCAACUUCUUUUUGCUGGGCUGCUGCGGUUCUGCCCUAGUCUCCUUCACGGUCUCUGCGGCCUGUUGGAGCUUCCCCGGAAAGGAGGUGGGCCCAGUUUUGGCCGCCUGCAACGGCGCCUUCGGCAUGACCAGCGCAGCGCUGCCGAUGGUCUUCAAGGCUUUGCAGCUUGAAGGCCACGCCGUGGUGGAGUACAGUUUCGUGUCCUUUUGCGCCCUGCCAUCCCUGGCCUUGUUGCUCGCCAGCCAGGCGCCCACCCGGCCGGUGGAUAGACUCUCGGAGAUCUCGGACCUCUCACACGAGGAGGACCCCAGACAAGUGCUUUGGAAGUGGUUUGCUGUCCUCGCCGCUGCUGUGGCCCAGUUCCUUUUCUCCGGAGCCAACGCUGCGUUGCUCAGUUGGAUCGUGUCCUACUCCGCCAGUGAGCUGCAAGACCCGGGCGUGGCGCCUUUGCUGGUGAGCAUCUUGCAGGGCUCUUUGAUGGUUGGCUCCUUCAGCGCCUCGAAGUACCAGGCGCACUUUGCCCUGUGGGACUUGGCCCGGUGGCAGGUUUUGGCGGUUCUGGCGGGGCUCGUUUGGUGGCUGCCCUUCAGCAACUCGACUGCUGCCACAAAGUUGGCGCUGGCUUGGUACGGCCUGGCAGGCGGCCCUUUAGUGACCUACUGCAGCACGUUGCUGAACCAGCACUGCAGCCCCAGCGGUGUGCAGCUGGCUGUCAUCAACGUGGGCGGCAACUUCGGCGCCAGUGCAGGACCCUUCAUCGUUGGCAUGCUGAUGAUCAAAUCCGGGCCAAGGGCUUUGCCCUGCAGCGUGAGCGGCGCUUUCCUGGCUGCACUGCUGGGGUUCGUUUUUGCAUCGCUCCCACGACAGGCCAAGGGCGAGCCCUUGCUCGGCAAUUGA